AUGCUUCCUUCAUAUUUCCUCCCUCUCAGUUCUUCUCUCACGGAUCUACAUCGUCACAUUUCUACAAUCCUCACACUCUUCUAUCCUACAUCUCUCACACUUCUGCUCUUCUCACACUGCACACUUUUCCCCUCACCGUUCUCUCCUCUCACGCUUCUGCUCCCCUCACACUGCACACUUGUGCCACUCACUGUUCGCUUCCUCUCACACUUCUGUUUUAUAGAUAGUUACACUUUAAUUUCUCUUCACAUUUCUACCUCUCACACUUCUGCUUCCCCACACUUCGUUUCCUCUCACACUUCGUCCACCCUCACACUUCUCUUUCCCCUCACACUUCUGCUCCCCAUACUUAGUCUCCCCACACUUCGUCUCCCCUCACACUUCUCCCCACACUUCGUCUCCCCUCACACUUUGCACUCCUCACACUCCAUCUAUCCUACAUCUCUCACACUUCUGCUCCCCUCACACUGCACACUUGUUACACUCACUGUUCGCUUCCUAUCACAUUUCUGUUUCAUAGCUUGUCACACUUUAAUUUCUCUUCAUAUUUCUACUUCUCACACUUCUGCUCCCCCACACUUCUGUUUCCUCCAACACUUCUGCUCCCCCACACUUCUGUUUCCUCCCACACUUCUGCCCCUCCACACGUCGUUUCCUCCCACACUUUUGCUCCCCCACACUUCAUCUCCUUUCACUCUUCUACUUUCCCAUAUUUCUCUUUUCCUAACACAUUUCCCUCCCCCCCCCCUACACUUUGUUUCGCUACAUACUCUUGAUCACUUCUCUCUUAUUCCUAAACACUUUUACCCUCACACCUUUGCUCCUCCACACCUUUAUGAUCCCCCACAUUUCUGCUUCCUCACACUUCUGCACCCCUUCACUUCGUCUUCUGUCCCACACUUCGUUUCCCCUCUUCUGCACCCUUGCUCUUCUUUCCCUCACACUUCUGCCCCACACUUCGUUUCCCCUCUUUUGCAACCCUGCACAUUUUCCCUAUAACUUACUAUAGUCCCCAAACUCCUUCCUGAUUUCAGGUCUCUUCACUUUUCCUCCCCUGCACUUGUUUGUUUUCUCACUCUUCUCAUUUAUUUGUCUCCCUUUACACUUCUGUAUAUCUUCUCCCCACACACACUUACACGCUUCUGCUCCUUUCACACUUCCGCCCUUCUACACUUCCUCCUGCUUUCCCACACUUCUCGCCUCACACUUCUUCUUCCCCACACUUUGUCUCGCACCCACAUACUCUUUCUCACUUCACUCUUAUUCCCAAAUACUUUUCCCCACUCAUCUUUGCCCCUGCACACUCGCACCUCCUCAUACUUUUUUCCUCCCUCACACUACUUUUAUCCCAUUCACAUCUCCCCUACCCUUACGAUCCCCUUAUUUUAGUGUUCUCAUAACAUUGCUCCCCUUACACACUCGGUCCUCUCCCCAACCCUUUUGCUGACCUCACAAGUUUGUUCUCUUCACCUCAACUUACCUCACUCGCACACUCAUCCACUCCCCUUCACUCUCCUCCUCUCUCCUCCA